GUCCUUCGGGAGCUCGAGCCCAGUUGGCUCUUUAUCCUCUGAGGAUCAUGACUUUGACCCUUCUGCUGAAAUGCUGGUACAUGAUUAUGAUGAUGAACGAACUCUCGAAGAGGAAGAAAUGAUGGAAGAAAGCAAAAAUUUCAGCUCUGAGAUUGAAGAUUUAGAAAAGGAAGGAAACAUGCCACUGGAGGAUUUACUGGCAUUCUAUGGCUACGAACCUACGAUGCCAGUUAUGGCAGCUUCCAGUGCAGAUAGCUCUCCAAGUGAACUGGCAGACGAACUUCCAGAUAUGACUCUAGAUAAAGAGGAAAUAGCCAAAGACCUCUUGUCGGGUGAUGAUGAAGAAACACAGUCUUCUGCUGACGACUUAACGCCAUCGGUUACUUCACAUGAGGCUACAGACUUCUUUCCUCGACCCUUACGAUCAAACACUACAUGUGAUGGAGAUAAGGAAUCAGAUGGUGAAGAUGUUGAGGCAGACAAUGGCAAUUCAUCUGAAGAUUUGAGAAAGGAAAUAAUGGUUGGUUCACAGUAUCAGGCUGAAAUUCCUCUUUACCUGGGCAGAUACAAUGAUGAUGAAAAGGCCUAUGAAAAUGAAGACCAUUUACUUUGGAAACCUGAUGUGAUCUCAGAAAGCAAAGUUAAGGAAUACCUUUUUGAAGCCUCUUUAAGAACAGGAAAUGAGAAAAUGAUUGGCAGAAUUCCUGAAGGAAUACAUACACGGGACAAUGAACAAGCACUCUACGAACUUCUCAAAAGUAGCCAUAAUGUUAAAGAAGCAAUUGAGAGGUACUGCUCAAAUGGAAAGGCAUCUCAGGAAGAGAUGACAGCAUGGACGGAAGAAGAAUGCAGAAGCUUUGAGCAUGCACUUCUGAUUUAUGGAAAAGACUUUCAUCUCAUACAGAAAAACAAGGUAAGAACAAGAACAGUUGCUGAGUGUGUGGCAUUUUACUACAUGUGGAAAAAGUCAGAACGUUACGAUUACUUUGCUCAGCAAACGAGAUUUGGAAAGAAGAGAUACAAUCAUCAUCCAGGAGUUACGGACUACAUGGAUCGCUUGGUAGAUGAAGCAGAAGCACUUGGAGGAGCAGUCCACUCUUCAGCACUGACGUCCAGCAACCGAGCAGAGGCCAUCCCGGAUCAGCAGCUAAGCAUCCUGAACUCCAUCACUGCCAAUGAGCUGACAGCACUGACCGACAGUGUAGCUACAGUCUGCCACCCUUCUGAUGUGAACUGCCUGGACGAUGCCUUUUCUCCCAUGGACAGCUUGCCCCGAGCA